AUGGAACUCAAAGAUUGCAUCAGGAUUACGACAUCGGAUGAUCAGCCUGGGACGGCCGCAGGCUUGGCGACUAGCUCGGCCGCAGGCACGGCGGCUAGCUUGGCGAAUAGCCUGGCCACUGGCUUGGCAACUAGCUCGUCUCCUGUCUUAGCAACUCUCUCGGCCCCUUUCUUGGCGACUUGCUCGGCCCCCUUGGCGACUAGCUCAACCAGAGCCCUCCGAAAUGACGGAGGAGACCAAUGGUACUCGGAAUUGGCGGGAAGCCAAGUAAUGCUUAUUGAAGAAUUACAUGGCCGAGUAGGUUCAGCUUUGGCUACGGCAAGAUCUGGAAAUUUCUCUGAUGACGCCCGGGCCUCAAUAUCAGCCAUGUAUCAGGCCAAACUGACCAGCCUUUGUUUAAAGCAAAUCGCAUUAGUCAAGGAAGUCGUCGAAGAUUUAGGAACCAGGAUCUUUUUAGAAGAUGCCCCCUUCUGGUCCGCAAUACUAGACUGCCUGAGCCAAAGACCGGAAUUUCAGCAAAUUGACAGCGCACUGGCUCACAUCCAACUCAUGGUCCUGUUGCUGAAGAAAAUGGGAAUCCUCACCAAGACAGGAGACCCUGUGCUUUUGAAUGUGCAGUGA